UUCUUUUCCCCAUAACCAACACCAACAACAGCCCUUUCGUGAACCGGCGCAUUACCUACGCAGGAGUAGAGUCUGUCUCACCUAUCUACCUUGACUGCACACCGGAACAGGGAGUGAACCGCCACCAAGAUGGCCUCAGACCAUACACCCGAGGGCGUUGCGCCUUCCGGGCAAGCCGUCGUGGGCGAUGAGAAGGAACACCACGUCCAGGACCAAUUAUCCGAGUCGCAGCUCAACGCCACGGACCGUGUCAUCCAGGGCGCCAAGUUGGCCACGGAGAAGGAGCAGAAGAUGACCCUCAUGCAGGGUAUCCGCCUGUAUCCCAAGGCCAUCGCAUGGAGCAUGCUCAUCUCAACCUGUAUUGUGAUGGAGGGCUACGACAUUUGCCUGAUAAACAACUUCUACGCAUUUCCACAAUUCAAUAGAAAAUACGGCGAGCAGUUAUCCAACGGAGAAUGGGAAGUGACGGCUCCAUGGCAAGCUGGGCUCAGUAACGGCGCCAACGUCGGCGAACUCAUUGGUCUCCUGAUCAACGGCUGGGUGUCUGAGCGAUUUGGUUACCGCUGGACAGUGAUUGUCUGUCUCAUGCUGAUCAACGCCUGGACGGCCUUGUUCUUCACGGCCCAGAAUGUGCAAACGCUACUAGCGGCUGAGAUCCUAUGCGGCAUCCCAUGGGGCGUCUUCCAAACCCUCACCAUUACCUAUGCUUCCGAGGUCUGCCCUGUCGCUAUGAGAGCCUAUCUCUCGACUUACGUCAAUUUCUGCUGGGGUCUCGGCCAGUUCAUCGGCAUCGGCGUCAUCAUGUCCAUGCUCGGGCGGGACAACGAAUGGGGCUACCGAAUUCCAUACGCGCUGCAGUGGAUGUGGCCGCUUCCGCUCGCCCUCGGCAUCUUUUUCGCUCCCGAGUCUCCCUGGUGGUUGGUGCGCAAGGGGAAGCUGGACCAGGCAAAGGCCUCGCUCCUGCGUCUCACCAGCUUGAACCGGGAGACGAAUUUUGACGCCGAUGAGACGGUCGACAUGAUGGUGCACACCACGGCGCUGGAGGAGAAGACGACGAGCGGAGCGAGCUAUUUGGACUGUUUCAAGGGUUACGACUUGCGGAGAACGGAGAUUGUCGGAAUGUGCUGGGCUAUUCAGAAUCUGUCAGGGAACUCCUUUUCGAAUUACUCGACGUACUUCCUCACCCAGGCCGGUCUUGACCCGGACAGCGCUUACGGCUUCGCGCUUGGCCAGUACGGAAUUAACAUGGUGGGGGUUGUCGGAUCCUGGUUCUUGAUGAGCCGUGGAAUCGGCCGCCGGUCUCUCUAUCUUUACGGCCUGUGCGGGCUUUUUGCCAUGCUUUUGAUCCUCGGUUUCCUGGGCCUCGUGCCUGAGGCGCAGCGGCGACAAGGCUCCAUCGCGACGGGCAGCAUUAUGCUGGGCUGGGCCCUGACAUACCAGCUGACAGUAGGCACCGUCUGCUACUCGCUGGUUAGCGAGAUCUCGACACGGCGGCUGCAGAUCAAGACUGUUGCCCUCGGGCGUGUGUUUUAUAUCAUCGUGGGCAUCAUUUGCAGUACCAUCACGCCGUACAUGUUGAAUCCCGGUGCCUGGGAUUGGGCAAACUUUGCAGGCUUUUUCUGGGCCGGCGUUUGCUUCUUGUGCAUUGUUUAUACUUAUUUCCGCGUACCCGAGCCGUCGGGGCGUUCGUUCGCCGAGUUGGAUAUGCUCUUCAAGAACAAGGUCAGCGCACGCAAGUUUGCUACCACCAAGGUCGAUGUGUUCGAGGAGGAUAUUGAUGGGGAGUUCAUGGCCAAAUACCGUCAGCAUGCCGGGGCCAAGGUUGCGGAGAUUGUCAACAGCCCAUAGGGUUUGGGGGUUUAGGAUAGUGGAGCGAAGUUAAUGAAAUGUAUUUGCAGUUUCAACCUGCUAGGGUGGUCCAAGGAGUGAGUAGCGAAGAUA